UCCCUGUGCGACGGAACUAAAAUCCGACUUCCCGUCCACUUUGCAGCUCUUCCUCCGGUAACUCAAUUCGUCAGCCUCCUUCGACCUAUUACCUAGUUUCCCCCUUCCAGUCGCUCCCGCGCUCUCUAGGGUUCCCCUUCUGUUUAAGCUUGUCGAGUACUCGGUUCGACCAAGCAGCGAUUUGCAAUGGAGGAGGACUCGGAGACGAGAAGAGAUAGACUGAAAGCCAUGCGGGAGGCGGCAUCGGCAGCCACCGACGCUAAUUGCUCCAGUGGUCUCCCGACUCUUGAUGCAACGCCCGUCGCUCUCGCCAACCCGCUGCUCGACAGACCCUCGGAGAUGGACACGCGCGGUGCUCCGCGGUUUGAUUUCUACACUGAUCCUAUGGCGGCCUUUUCUGCUACUAGGAAUAGGAAUUCUCCGGGAGACAUAGGACCUCCCGAAUCACGGGCUCCGUCUCCCUGGCCAGGACCAAGAAACUCGAUCCCUACAUCAGCUCCUCCAUAUAUACAAGGCCAUCAUCCAGUUAAUCAAGGGAUGAUGUACCAACCGAGAAGUCCUUAUGAUGGUGUUGCUUCAUAUGGGAGACAAGGUGGUAUCAGAAGCCCUUUCCCAUUUCAUCAAGGACCUCCUCUCCAAGCUCCAAACCCGCAAUAUCAGGGAAAUACUAACUAUGGACCAGCAAGAAGCCCUGGUUUCAAUCAGGGGCUAGGAAAUGCCACAUGGAUGGGUAAUAAUCCUCGUCCGAGAUCAGGGUAUGGAGGUCAUCAUCAAGUUCCCAGUGGAGGCCAGGGCCGAGGCCAAGGGAAUUUUCAUGGUGGCAAUAGAAACCCAGGUUUUGGACGUAACAGUGGGAGAGGGAGGGGUUUUCACAACAAUCAUGGCUCUAGAUACACCGGGGAAAUGAGGCCAGAACAAUUUUAUCAUCCUUCUAUGAUGGAAGAUCCAUGGGAGGGUUUAGAGCCAAUUGAAUGGAAAGGAAAAGGAAUAGACUCAUCACAGUCUUGGAUGCCACAGUCCAUUGCCACAAAAAAGGCACGAGUUUCAGAACCUUCUAUAAAGUCCAACACUGAACAAAGUCUUGCGGAGUACCUUGCCUCUUCAUUUAACGAAGCUUCCAACGCUGAUCCAAGCACUUGAUGCUUAAGUUGUGUGACUGAUCUAACUGCUGGUUUCCAUGCUGUUGAAGAUGCAGGACUGGAAUCUCAAGAAGAGCUAUUAAAGAUCAUUUGCUAGGUGAGAUUAGCAGUCAUUUCGAUAAUUUGGUGGUCCUGCUUCUACUCUGUGAAAAAGUGCAGAGGCUAGAACAGCUUUCUGGAACAACUUUGAGAUGCUAUUUUUGCUGUGGGGAUUGAAGUUCUUAUCUGCAAUAUUUGCUUGCAUUCUUUUUACGGCUGCUAAUGCUGAUCACGUGUUUUCACACCUUCCUCUCAUACUAAUUGCCUUGUGUUCAAAGAAGAAUGGAUAUACAUGGUUUCAUUGGAGCACUGUCAUAGUUUGGGUAUUUUGUUUUGUUUGUAUGCACUGUGCAGCCAUAUGUCUCUAUUGAGGGAAGUACAGUGCUUGUGUUCUGUAUGAGUAAUUGGUUGGAAUACCUUUUCAAAGAUAAAAGUAGAGACAUUGU